UGAGUGCUGAGUGACGGGGCGGCUCGCCAUGGCUUCCUACUACUGUGUGCUCAACAUCGCUGCGCAUGCCACCGCUGAGGAGAUCAAGGUCGCCUUCAAGCGGUGCGCCUUGCAGGUCCAUCCAGACAAAGGUGGGAGCAAGGAGGCGUUUCACGCGGUGUACCAGGCAUUUGAGACCUUGGCAGACCCAGAAGCCCGCAAGCGGUACGACGAUCAACUGCCAACUCUCAAGAAGGUGACAAAGCAAACAUACAGCUGUAAAAGAACGGGGGCAAAGUCAAAGAAGAAGCGCCCAGAGCAAAAGCACUCAGCUGCAGAGUCAGACCGCUCAAGACAUUCAGGUGCCGAAUCUGCAGAUGCAUCCUCACAUGAGAAGCUAUUGACAAAGCUCUAUGAACUCUUGAAAAGAUUGCCCCGCAAGCUCCGAAACGAUGUCAUCGCACGGGAGUUCUCGCAAAAGCAACGCUUGCUUCUUGAAAAGUGGAUUGUGCUUCAGCGUGAGGCUGAAACAGAUGAUGUGACGCCGAUGCCUGGUGGGCCUGGUGGGCCUUGUGGGCCUUGUGCCCAGGAAGUCAAGCCGCUUAAGCCUGUCACUGUCUCCGACUCACAUGGAUCCAUGCUCGCGCUGACACACCAGCCUUUUGCGUUGGGCGGCAGUGCUUUGAGCUUGCCAGCUGUGUCCCACGGAAAACGACGGAGGAAGAAGUACGUGGCAAUCAAAGGUAUUGCUAGGUGUGGUAGUCGAAAGACGAUUUCGGAGGACAGUCGCAUCUACAGAGCCAACACUGUCAUCGCGACAAUUUCAAUUUGGUCCCGGUAUUGCGACUUGGCAACGGCGAUUGAAUUCUUGGUGAUUCUCACAUCUAUUAAGCAAAAGAUGCAUGGUACCUUGAGGGAUGCCGAAACAAACUUUGAGAGUUGCCUGCAAGAAGCUUUGGAGAGAUCUCUCAUUGAGCAUGGCAGGAGCUAUGAAGACUUGAGUCCCCGAUUUGCCGUGCACCAAAGCUUCGGAUUUUUUCUUGGACCAUGCAGACAUGUGUCCUCCCCUGCAGUUCGCUCUGUCAGAGAAGUGGCACAUCUCCGCAGAUGUAUGGAUCCCUUUCGAGAAUGCGCCCGGCGUCGGAGUUGGGGACGAGCAACCAUGAUUUGGCAUUUUGGAUUGGGGGACCUAGAAGACUUGUGGGAUCGUUUUCAGAAAGCUGUGGCCGAGAUGUGGCGCAGUGCUGGCGAAGGUCGAAGUGCCAAGCAGCUGAGGAGAGUUCGUUCCUUGUAUGUCUCGCAUGCAGGCGUGCGUAACAAGCACGUGCAGUACUGGGAGCGCCAGCAUAUGGGCAUGAAUGACAGAAACAAGCACAGGCCAUCUAGAUUGCGCGAUCGUUGCGAUCGCAGUGCGGAUGCGACACGAAAGCUUACUGACAAGGUGCUACAAAAAGUCAGGAAGCUGCUGCUUCGAUGGCAGAAUGCUUUGCGGAAGAAGGACGAGAUGGCUUUGCAGAAGCAGCGGCAGAGAUUCUUGCAGGAACGCAGGAAACAGGAGCUUGCACAGCGGAAACGUGCCAGGGAGGAGCAGAAGGCUGAACGCUUGCGGAGAGAAGCUUUGCGCAGGAAGAUGAUGUCUGACCUCACCAUGGACGAGAUUCUUGGUCACUCAGAGUGUCACUCAGCUAUUCUGGAGCGGCACAUGUGAACAUCCAGCUCUCCCAUCAAUUGGACACUGGCAUGAUCAUACCCUUCAAGGAUGUCAGAGUUGACCAGCUUUUCGUGUUUUUUGAUCUCAGAUAGCACGCGACCACGGCAACUCUUCCCCGAACACCAUGUGACUCUGAUCGCAACACUUGCUUUUUGGAGCCGUCCGCUGAUCCCAUGCAGCGCUUGUCUAGCAGAAGCUCUACUUUUUUUGCUCCAUGCAAUCCCUAGUGGUUGUAACAUGUGGAAACAGAACAUUCCCGGCAACUGACGACUCGUGAGCUUCCUUCUCCAGAGUGCUUCUGCCUAAUUUCCUCCAGCGAGGAUUGCGUGUACUCGCAGGCGAGGAUUGUCGAAAACUCCUCAACUGUGCUGGAUGCUGCACCACCAAGACGACAGCUUUUCUUUCUGAAUGGGAUUGGCUCCUAGGAUUCGCUCUGCGAAGGUCUCACAGCAUGAAGAAUCUGCGAAGGUCUCUGGUAUGAUUGAUUGUUGCAUACUCCCAAACAGAGUACCUUUUUUGACACAGGACGCCUGGACUUCCCUGCGGGCAAAAUGCAUACGACCAUAUGCUCAGGAUGUUCUUCAAUGUUUGGUUCGUAGCAAACUUGGCUCGUUUGGAGCUUGUUCAAUUUGCUCAGCUUUUCUCCUAGUCGGUACUUGCACCUUGCGCGCUGCAGCCCCA